CACAAACAGAGAGGGAAAAAAAAUGGCAGUCUCUUUUCGCUCCAUCUUCACAAACAAGAAUCCAAUCUCUUCCCUAAUCCCUUUCUCACCAACCCAUUUCCCAAAACCGCCAAUUUCGCCAUUUCCAACCCUAAAUUCACGGCCCCAUCUCCCCAAUUACGCCUUCUUGACAUGCCAAUCCCGCGUUUUCCCCCUCAGAAAGGCCACCGCCUCUUUUGGCGACCUCCAAAUUGACUGCGGCAAGGGCGGCGCCGGCUCCAGCACUUUCAAUUUCGACGAUCUUCUCUCCAAUCUUGAAUUCUUGAGCCUAACUAUCUCGGCUGCGGUCUCGUUGUAUGCGGCAGUGAGCUUCGGAUUGCAAAAGGGGGCGCUUCUUUGGUGGAUUGGGAGCAAGGUUUUUGUGUGGCAGUGUGUGGUGUUGGUGGCGAGCGUCGUGGUUGGGGCGGUGAUACGGCGGCGGCAGUCGCGGAGGGUGUGCGGGCCCGGGUUCUCGAAGGGGGCUAAUUUGUUGGGGAGAGUGGAGAAAUUGGAGGAGGAUUUGCGGAGCUCGGCGUCCCUCAUUCAGGCUCUGUCGAGGCAGCUUGAGAAGCUCGGUGUUCGGGUUCGGGCCGCCCGGAAAUCUCUGAAAGAGCCGAUCUUUGAGACUGCGGCGUUGGCACGGAAGAACUCUGAGGUCACUCGAGCAUUGGCAGCACGUGAAGACGUUUUGGAGAAGGAACUCGGGGAGAUUCACACUGUUCUGCUAGCUAUGCAGGAACAACAAGAGAAAGUGCUGAACCUCAUCCUUGCUACCGGAAAAGCUAGGAAUCUGUUGAAUAGCAAACCUACACAAAUUAUCAACCCUAACAAACCAGAGGCUUCAAACUCAUCAUCAAUGGACAGCGAACACAACACAGAAAUAAGCAACAAACUCGAGACUCUGGAUGUUGCGAAUGCGAGCCAAUAAACACCGAGCCUCGUCUGAAUCUGUGGUUUUGUUUUUUGAUAGUCGAAAGAAAAUUGAUUAGAUCUUGUUGUUAUAACUGGACAUAGGGAGCUAAUAGCCCUAUGUUUAGUAUGUUCGUUGUAACAUUUCAUCAAUAUAAAUUUGUUGGAGGAGAGAACGAUGCUAUAAAUGAAAUGCAGCAUCAAAUAUUCAUAGUAGUCAA